GUCACAGAAAAUGACAUUUUGUGUUUACUGACAAAUUUAUAAAAAAUACUUUGGAACAGGAAUAGAUCAUGCCUGGUGGUUCUGUAAACGGAAGGCCUUUCAGAGAAAGUAAAGACAGCUUCGAAAAAACUGGAAUUCCAUGCGGGAAUCCUAAGAGAUUUCACAGUCAGGAUGUGCUCAGAUUUUCAGGCCAACAGACGACUAAGAUCAAAGACUUAUCUGGUCCCGUGGAAGAUAUUGAAACAGAAGCACAGAGACAGCUGAAGACAUUAUUGGACAAACAACUCAGAACACAAACUACAUUAAAAGAACAGCUUGCACAAAGUCGUAAGUUUACUAAUAGUACCUUGUACGAACCAACUACAGAUUCUGUCACUGGUAUUAUAGAUUUGUCUGAUUAUAAAGUACUCGAAGAGCAAGACAGCAGAGUUAAUGAAUUACGAUUAUGCGGUCUAAGUGACGAUGAAAUAAGACUCAAAUUACAAACAGAGGAUGGAAUUAUGGGAAGCAAGAAACCAAGACUUGGACAGGAACCAUCAUAUCUACAAGAUAAGCUUGCAGAAAUUGAUAGAAAAAUAGAGACACACACAAAAUCAUUGACAAUGGCGGAUACAUUUUAUGGUCAAGCAAAUGUUGGUAGGCAUGCUAUGGAUUUAGAAAAGUCUCUUGUCAAAUACAGUACUGAUAAUAAACGUUUAAGUUCUAUGUUGAUAAAAAAUAAAUUUUCGUCAGACUUUCCACACCCUGAGCAUCCUAUGAAUCAUAUUCCAGAAAUUUUAGAAGAGAUUGCCGGGAAGAAAUUAUUAAAUAAGAAGCAGCACAGAUUGAAAAAGCGUAAUAAUACUGAAACUAACAGAAACUCUGAAGAACUAUUUACUGCUGAUACUGAUAGAAAUGAUAGUCUCGAUGACGUUUGCAGUACGGUUGAGGGAAUUGUGUCUACCUCUUCAUGCCGAAAUGAACAGGAAAGUGAAAUAAUUGGUUGUAAAACCAGAGAAGACUCAGUUAUAGAUAACCGCUUAUCUGUCGAUGUUGAAUGCAGUGAUGAUAAACAAUCCCAAAAUUGUAAUGGUGAACUUCAGACAACUAAAAAACCCGACAAUACAAGUGUUAAUAACAAAAUUGUACUUGGUAUGGUAAAUCAAAUUCCACAAUGUGAUAUUAUUGCAAAUAGACUUUCAGUUGAGGAAAUACGUAAACUUCCGAAGUUUGAAAAUUAUGAAGAAGGGAGCCAAAAUAAUGUUUUAUAUUUGAAGAACCUGCCUAAUAGAAUAUCAGAAAAUGAGCUAGGCUCUUUGUUUCUAAGAUUCCAAGUGUCCAACUGUUCUCCAAUAAAAUUCAGAAUUAUGAGUGGAAGAAUGAGAGGUCAAGCGUUUGUAACACUUGACAGUAAAGAGACUGCUUCAGAAGCCCUUGGUCUUGUAAAUGGAUAUAAAUUACAUGAUAAACCCAUCAUUAUACAGUAUGGAAAGAACUGAAAGAUGAAAUGGUUAAGCUAAAAACAAUAUCUCAAUUUAGCCUAUUUUACAAAGGACACACAAGGAGAAAUGUCUUUAAAGAUGUCAAUUAUAGCUUUAACUUAUAUAAUGUUAUUUUUACAUUUUUAUGCUAAAUUCCUUUUUUGGGAUGUAAGCUAAUUGUUUCUUUUUAGACUUUAUGACACAUAUAUACUGGAUAGUUAAAUGCAAGAAAUAUGUAAUAUAUACACUACCUCUUUCACAAAUGUCUAAUAUUUUUCCAUUUUUUUGUUUUCAUGCCUCUCUGUAAGCUGAUUAUGUUAAUUUGAUCAUUUUACUUGAUAAUUUGAUUUCAAAUCGGCAUUUGAACAUAUUUUUUAUUAAUUUAGUUUGGUGAUUUACAUCGAGAACACACGCGAACGGCUACCAGUGCUCCCGCAAUAACUUAAAAUAACUUUGACGAAAUCUUUUCAUAUUUAAAUAUGUUCUUUCCAAUUACUACAUGGACAUCAAUUUCGAUUUUCAUGAUUUUAGCUUUUAUCGUUGUUGGGUUGUACACCUUUAAGUAGCGAAAAGUGAUACUUAGAUUCAUUUUGGCCUUUCCAUUUCUAAGACCUACCCACAUUCAUUUUAUUUUUCAAUUGAUCCUAUUUGAGUCUAUAUUUGCAAAUAUCAUUUUAUUGCAGAAAAUCCUAUUUGCUGUUGAUUGAACAGCCUCUUGUAUCGUAUGUGUUUGUCUAAGGUCAAGUGCAACCCUUAAAGAUCCUUUGGUCUUUGUAGGUUUAACUUGUUCGAAUUGAAGUUGCAUAUCCUAAAGUAAAGUUAAAUACUUCAAUCAUUUAUUUCUAUUCCAUACCAAUCCUACCGUAAAAUUGGGAAUGAUUGCUGAUGCUACUUAAGGGUAAUCAGUUCUUGCUCCACUAGUGGCCUAAUCAUAUGACAAGUACAAGUUAAGGGAUAAGUUGCAUUGGUAUUACAUCCUUUCAAAUUAAAAAAAAUCAAAACACGUUAAUUGAGGACAAGCAAUAAUUUUUAGGUUUCAAAAUCAAAACGUUAUACAAUUCAACAUGAAGGCUUAGCUGUAAAGUUUUCAAUAUACAAUUUAUCACGUAAGCUCACAUAUCAAUUGUACAAUUUGGCAUCUAUAUCCAAACGUGCAAUGUCGAAUCCGAAGUUUUGCUGAGAACUUUGCAGACAGUUUCAUAUUUAUAUCAAAUUACAACUUGCAAGUUGUCCAAGUAAGGAACGUUGUACUAUACGGAGGUUAAGUGACAUUAAAGAAUAA